AUGGGAAGCGCAGACGAAGGCGCUGUUGGACAAACGACCUGGAAGACAGCAUUCCAAGUUACCAAAUCCUCUGUUCCCCACCGCGACAACGACGACGACGAUACUUCUCAUCUCCCAGAGAGCGAGUCGCGCGACCGAGCACAGAACCAAACCAUGGCGCGGCAGAAUCCAAACAUAGUCAUCACGGGCACACCGGGUGUAGGCAAGACGACACAUGCAGAGCAACUCGCGCGCGCGACGGGAUUCCAGCAUAUUUCUGUCAAUCAGAUUGUCAAGGAUGAGGGGUUUCAUGAGGGCAAGGAUGAGGAGACUGGGAGUUGGAUUGUGGAUGAGGAUAAGGUGGGUUCAUUUAUUUUCCCCUUUCUUCUUCUUCAAGUACCCUGCAUUAAUUCAAACAUUCUCCCUCUUUCUUGCCUCGUAUUGUGA